GUCUCUGAUCGACAACAGACGAUCUUUACGAGUGGUUUCACCGAUUCGGUUCUCUCUCGCUUCGAUCCCUUUGCCCAUUAUUCCAAAGAGCACGGUUUCGUCCUGCGAAAACGCCUAAAUGAAGAGGCUGGGGAUAAUCGCGAUGAUGGCGACGGUGGUCGCCGCAGGCUACAAGGACGGCAGGAUAUCGCCGAUGGAGGACUUUCCACCUUACCAAGGUAUCCGGCAGCAUCCCCCGUUCCACGAGCAACACCAGCCGUUCCGAGAGCCGCCGUUCAAGGUGCAACAGUACCAAUCCUACCGGCAACGCCCGUAUCGGCAGGACUCGUCGUCGUACAGCGAACAAGUGCCCGUCAGAGACUACCCGUCCAAAGGGCGGCCAUUUUAUGCGGACGGACCGUCCUUCAGAGACGCUCCGGACAUGAAAAAUCAGCCUUCGUUCUUCGCGGACGGGCCUUCUUUCUCCAGCCAGUCGUUCAGCAGGGAUCAGCCGUAUUUCAGGAGCGAGAUCCAGGACGAGCCAAUGAGCAGCCAGUACUCCUACCGGCAGGGACCUUUCUCGAACGACUUCCGGUUCUCCGAUUUGUACAAGGAGCAGGAUCAGCCGCCGCAAUCGUUCAUCAGAGACUCGGAGUACCUGAAGCACGGAAACCAUGGCCUCGGCUACGUGUCCGUGCCGCCGGUCUCGCCGUACGAGAACGCUUUUCCCUUGAACGAGGGAACAUCCACCACGGCGGCGCCUACCACCCCCGCGCUGGCCAGCGAACAGAAGUCAUCGCAACAGUCUAGUGUCUCCGGAAACGGUCCGGCCGUCAACCAACUUCAUACGUCCGCAACUUCCCCGCCGAAUAUGGCCUCGCACACCGCGACAAUGCCGAGCGUGAAAUUCGAUACGCUGGCUGACAGCACAGCUAGCACCACCACCACGCCGGCGAUCUCCACGGCGGCAGCGGUAUCGGUCACCUCGAAGCAAUCUUCGAACUUGGCUCAUCCGCCGACAGUGGCCAGCUUACCUGUCGUGCCCACGGAAUCUCCAAUCAUAUCCUUCACCAGACACACAAUGCCUCCGAGCGAAUACCAAACGACAAAGUUCACAGUGCCGGGCUCCUAUUACGUCACGAGUGGCAUGAAGAACAAGCUGCAGCAAUCGCUGCUCAACUAUUUCCUGUCGCAACAAGGAAAGACCACCGUGAAGGGCGGCAACGACAACUCGUUGGGAAGUUACGUGCCUCUCCAGAGCGCGAUUAACAGCGGUCCGAGCAAGAACCAUAGCCCGGCGUUCAACUACGUGCUCCAGGAUGAAUCGAAGCUGCCGCUGAAGGACAACUUGCAGAGCUCCUUCCUGAACUAUCUGUUGCAACAGGAGUCGAACCGCGACCUACCCGUUCAGCACUCUUCGCUGCCGGAGACCGUGAAUUACAUGCCGCUGGCCAGCACGCUGUCCGAGAGGCAGAAGCUAUCUCUGCCCGGCAUCCCAUUGGCGACAUUGUCAGCGGUUUCCCGGCCGUUGCAGAGCAUAAACUACGUUCCCGCGACUAUGCCGAGGGUCUCCGGCUACAUGGGCCAGGACACCGCGUCCACCAGUCUUCCUUUAGGUUCGUCCCUCGACGUUUUCGCUGCGGGUACAACGCUGCCAUCGAGCUUGGGGACCGCUAUCCCGGAAAGUCACCCGACGAGUAUAUUCAACAGUUACCCGGCAGGUUUGAACACCGGCAUAUCUGCGGGCAUACCUGCUAGUAUGUCAGCGGCCCUGCCCGCCAGCAUGCCCACUUUGAACUUAGGCCAGAAUUUCCAACAUGUAGGCCAGCUGCGUCAAUUUGGAGCGGCAAGUAGUCAGCCGCUCUCCUACUCUACAGGAUUGCAGCUGCAGCUUGGCGGCUACGGCGGCUACGGCGGGAUAGAUUACGCCUUACGGUCGAGUAAUCCUGCCCCACGGCCGCUGGAGCUCGGCAUCGCGAAGGUGGGCUUAAGUUUGCCGGAAUUACCGCGACACCAGCUUCCCACGUUCUCCAAGAUGAGCCUGGAGCAUCCUAUGUGGUAGGAUGACGAUCGCGAACGACCUCAAGAACCAUAGAUCGUGUUUAACGAACUUCCAAAGUCGGGGAUGUAUGUUGUUGUUACAGAGUUAACGUAGCUUAGUCGUAAGUGUUGUUACAUGAAUAUUAAUUAUAAGCGUGCGCAUAAUUUAAUUUCUCACGGGAAUGAAAUAAAGUGUGUUGUUACUGUAA